GGUCCCGCCCGGUCCGGUCCCGCCGCCACAUCCGGGCUCCGCCCGGCGCGGGCGCUGAUUGGGUGGCGGGGCGGUCACGUGGCCGUGCCCCGGGCGGGGGCGGUGGCGCGCGCAGGUGAGCGGGGCCGGAACCGGAACCGGGAGCUCGGCCCGGGGGGCGCGGGGGACCCGCCCCCGGCCCGCCCGCCCGCUCCGCUCCGGUGCCGGUGCUCAGGUGCCCGCUCCGACCCGACCCGGUGCCCGUGCUCAGGUGCCCGGUCCGGUCCGCUCCGUACAGGUGCUCCGCCGGCCCGGUCCGCCCGUGGCAUUCGGGACCGGCAUCCCUAAGGUGUCCGCCCCGUCCCGCACCUCCUGUGCCCCGUCCUAAUCCCCACGCAUAGCCCGGUCCGGUCCCCGCACCCCGUUCGGUCCUGCCGAGCUCUCCCGGUGACCCGUCCCGGUGCCCCCGUUCCCUGCCCGCUCCCCGCGCCCCGCGUCCCGGCCGUGUCACCCCCCGCCGCCGUCGCUGCCCCUCUGCCCGCUCCCCGUGCCCGGUGCCCGCGGCUCCCCCACCCCGCGGGACGGGACGUGGCACUGGGCUGUCCCGACUCCUUCCCGGGACGCAGGUGAGGGUGGGUCAGCGCCGGUGCCGCUCCACCCCCGCCCGCCCCGCAGCUCCGGUGUCCCCGCCAUGGCCGGCUGCGGGGCCCCGGGCCCCCUGCCCGGGCCGAGCGGCCCCGGCUCCGCGCUGGGGGAGGAGGAGGAGGAUGAAGAGCCGUCCCUGGGCUGCGACGGGGACCUGGAGGUGAACCCCUACGACGGGCUGCCCUUCUCCUCCCGCUACUACGAGCUGCUGCGGCAGCGCCGGGAGCUGCCGGUCUGGACCACCAAGUACAGCUUCAUGGAGCACCUGGAGGGGAACAGCGGCAUCGUGCUGGUGUCCGGCCCGCCCGGCACCGGCAAGAGCACCCAGAUCCCGCAGUGGUGCGCCGAGUACGCUCUGUCCCUGCAGUUUGCCCACGGGCUGGUGGCCUGCACCCAGCCCCACAGCCUGGCCGCCCUCAGCCUCUCCCUGCGCGUGGCCGACGAGAUGGACCUGAACCUGGGCCACGAGGUGGGCUACUGCGUGCCCCACGAGGACUGCUGCACUGCCGAGACCAUCCUCAGGUUCUGCUCGGACGAGAUGCUGUUGCGGGAGAUGACGUCGGACCCGCUGCUGCGGCAGUACGGGGUGGUGGUGCUGGACGAGGCGCAGGAGCGCACGGUGCCCACGGACGCGCUGCUGGGGCUGCUCAAGGACGUGCUGCGCCAGCGCCCGGCGCUGCGGCUCGUGGUGGUCACUGCCCCUGCCCUGGAGCCGCGGCUGCGCGCCUUCUGCGGGGACCCCCCCGUGGUGCGGGUCCCGGGGCACAGCCCCCCGCCGCAGCUGCUCUACCGGGAGCCGCCGGCCCACGGGCGCGUGGCCGCUGCCUGCCAGGCCGUGCUGGACAUCCACGGGCGCCAGGAGCCCGGCCACGUCCUCAUCUUCCUGGCCAGUGAGCAGGAGAUCUCCGAGUGCUGUGCUGCCAUCCAGACGGAGGCCGUGGCGCUGAGCCCGGCGCUGGGCCCGCUGCUGGUGCUGCCGCUGCACGCCGGGGUGGGCCGGGCCGCACAGCGCCUGUACGAGGCGCCCGAGGAGAGCCGGGAGCGGCGCGUCAUCGUCACCCACGGGCUCGGGGACUCGUCCUUCUCGCUGGGCACCGUGCGCUUCGUCAUCGACUCGGGGCUGGAGCUGCGCAGCGUGUACAACCCUCGCAUCCGCGCCGAGUCCCAGGUGCUGCGGCCCAUCAGCCGGAGCCAGGCGGAGUCGCGCAUGCAGCGGGCAGCUGGCAGCCCCCCGGGCACCUGCCUGCGCCUGUACUCGGAGGCCUUUGAGCAGCGCCUGCCCCCCAGCCCCGCGCCCCACGUCAGCGAGACCAGCCUGAGCCGCCUCGUGCUGCUGCUGAAGCGCCUGGACAUCGCUGACAUGGGCCAGUGUGACUUUCUCGACCGCCCAGCCCCCGAGUCGCUGAUGCAAGCGCUGGAGGACCUGGACUACCUGGCGGCUCUGGACGACGAUGGGAACCUGUCGGAGGUGGGGAUCAUCAUGUCGGAAUUUCCGCUGGACCCACAACUGGCCAAGGCCCUCAUCGCCUCCUGCGAGUUCGACUGCGUGGAGGAGAUGGUCAGCCUGGCUGCCAUGCUCACAGCGUCCCCCUGCUUCGUGCCCCCAUCCACACACCUGGAGGAGGCCGUGGCUCUGCGCCGGCGGGCACUGCUGCACCCCAACGGGGACCACUUCACCCUCAUCAACAUCUUCAAUGCCUUCCAGCAGCACGCCGGGGACGAGGGCUGGUGCCGGAAGCACGGGGUGGGCGCGGAGGGGCUGCGCCUGGCGGGCACGGUGCGCGCCGAGCUGCUGGAGGUGAUGCGGCGCAUCGAGCUGCCCGUCUCCCCGCCCGCCUUCGGCUCCGACGCCAACGCCCUCAACAUCCAGCGGGCCCUCAUCUCCGGGUACUUCCUGAAGGUCGCCCGUGACAUCGACGGCUCUGGCAACUACGUGAUGCUGACGCACAAACACGUGGCACACCUGGCCCCCGCCUGCGGGUACCUGCUGCGGCCGCCCCCCCGCCGCCUGCCCCCCUGGGUGCUCUACCACGAGUUCACCAUCUCCCAGGACAACUGCCUGCGCGUGGUCUCGGAGAUCCAGCCCCAGAUGUUGGUGGAGCUGGCCCCCCAGUACUACCUGAGCAACCUGCCACCCAGCGAGGGCCGGGACCUGCUGAUGGAGCUGCGGGAGAAGGUGGUGGCGACGGAGGAUGCGCCAGCGGGGCCGGAGCCGCUGGCAGAGGCGGCCGGACGGGAGGCCGUGGAGGGGGACGUCUGUGUCCUGCAGUGAGCCGGAGCACCAGAGCCCCAGCAGGGGCUGUCUGGGCUUGGCUGUGACACUGGAGAUGGGGGAGCCCUGGAGGGUCCCUGGGGGCCGUGCGGCUGCAGGGGCUGUCCCUGGCCCCAGGGAGGUGCGGGCACGACCGGGCUCGGCCUCAGCGCUGCACCGCGGGCAGUCGGGGGCCAGCGGCCGCGGGGCCACCGUGGCACCUCAGAGCAGGGACUGCGGAGUGCUGGCCCGGCCGGGGGAGUUGUGUGGGCCCUCCCCACCGGGCUCAUCCCCCUGUCUGUUCCCAGGGUUCUGCUGGGGUGGAGGCACCGCCUGUCCUGCUGCCCCCACGCCUGGGGCCGAGGGCCCACACACGGGUCCCUCCUGUAUAAAGUUUUGUGACCUUU